CAAAUGUAGGCUACGUUUUUUUGUCCACCUCCAUUCCAGUAGGUGGUGGCAAUGCACUUGUGUGUGUUUCUAACAACCACGAACAAGAAGAGGAAGACGAUAUAUGCUAACGGAUAUUAAGCACAGAACUGUAUACAGGAGUUAGCUACACGUUAGCGAGUUGGUCAUGUUCAUUUCAGUAAUAUCGACCUAUUUAAAACAAUGUAUUUUUCGCCAACAAUGCAGGAUACACAUUGGGAACAAAUAUAUCCAAGAAUCUACGAAAAUGCAUUGCCACCAGAUUCUUCACAGAAGACGAGAGCUCACCUCGACACAAAACGGCAUGCUUGUUUUAGGUUAUUUGGGCAGAGCGAACAUCCACACAUCUUGCUUUCUGUAUCGCAAAAAUCUAUUCAAGAAGUUCGCAAAUAAAUCGAAAAAGAAACUGUGGUAUGAAUCCCCUACUUUCGGUCCUAGACAAAUCGGCCCCUUACAGCACACCCAACCAAAGAAACGAGAUGCGACCAAGCGAACGAGAAUCCUCAACACGAUUUUGUUCAAAGCUAUCAGUGAUUUUCUCAAUUCAUAUGAAAUCGGUGAAGAAAUCUACAACCUCAAUGUAGAAAUUUCCAAGGUGUCAUUGCCGUCUGAUUUUUCCAACUGCCGCAUUUACUGGAAGACCAGUGGGACAUUUGAAACAGACUGUCAAAUUCAGCAACUAUUGGACAAAUGUGCCCCUCGUCUACGGCACCUUCUCAUUUCACACCAUGUUCUGGGCAGUGUACCUGCCUUGGUAUUCCUGAGAGACAAAGAGUAUGCUGCCCUUGUUGAGAUAGAAAAUCUUCUCAAGAUAGCUGACUUUGGUGAGGAAGAAAAUGCUGAGAUCUUGAACAACAAUGUGAAAGAUGGAGGGGAAUCUGCCCAGGCCGAUGCUUCAGAGCAGUCUGUUCCAGCGAAAAGAGCGUCUCUGUUUGGCAUCGAUCACGAGGCCCUGAACAGACAGAUCCUGGAUUACAAGCAGCGGCCUCCAGAGGCCUGGCGCAUGAGCAGCGCACCAGCACCGUCAGUCACUCAACAGCAGCUGGACGUGCUGGGGGAACUGAGGAAGCAGAAAGUGAUGGAAAAGAAGAGGAAGUCCAGACAGCCUGCUGAUGAUGACAUCACGCCUCGGGCUUACCUGCAGGCCAGGUACGACCAGGAGACAGACACUGAGAAGGGGGAGCAUCCAGAACAUGACGAUGAAGAACUGCAUGUGCAGGACGGCCUGGCAGGAGAUGAUCGUAGAUCAUAACUCGAAAGGAUUGACUGGGUCAUAGUGACUUAAAGGCUUUUUUUAUUUAGUAAAUGCUUAUUUGUAAUGUAUAAUUAUCAUUAAAAAGAGUGCUUGUUGGUGGUGGUGUGUGUGUACAGAAACUGACAUAACUGCCACCUUGAACUUUGAAAAGCAAUACCAAUCAAGUAUUUAAAAAAAACAAAAACAAACAAACCUUGCACUGUUCCUCCCCACAAUAAAACAUUAAUGAAA